UUGACAUUCUCAGUUCGUCACGUCAAAAAUUUGUUGGUCAUUUUGAUUUAACAAAAAGUUUAUUCAGAACUAAACAAAAUGCCGAUUGAAAAUUUAGAAGACCAGGGUCUUGAGAAAAACCCUGAUUUAGAAUUAGCACAUUGUAAGUUUUUGUUAAAUUUACCUGAAUAUCGUAGUGAUAAAAAUGUCCACGCAAAAAUAACAGAAGCUAUAAAGAAAGAUGAUAUGGCCCCAUGGUAUGAACUCAUUUGUAAAGAUGCUGGUUGGAAACUUGAUACUAAUCUACUAAGUGCAUUAAAAGCUAAGAACGCUGAGAAGAUCAAGCUGUUAGAUGAAGCCAUAGAAGAUGCUGAGAAAAAUUUAGGUGAAAUGGAAGUUCGAGAAGCCUACUUAAGAAAAGCAGAAUACUACAGCCGAAUUGGUGAUAAAGACAACGCAGUUAGUACUUUCAGACAAACAUAUGAUAAAACUGUAUCACUUGGCCAUCGUUUAGAUAUUAUUUUUCACUUGAUAAGAAUUGGUUUGUUCUUCAUGGACCAUGACCUCAUCACAAGAAAUAUUGAAAAAGCUAAAACCCUUAUUGAAGAAGGAGGUGAUUGGGAUAGAAGAAAUCGUUUAAAAGUGUAUCAAGGUGCAUAUUGUAUGUCUGUCAGAGACUUCAAAUCAGCUGCUAACUUGUUUUUGGAUACAGUAAGCACUUUUACAUCUUAUGAACUAAUGGACUAUAAAGCAUUUGUCAGAUAUACUGUAUACACCUCUAUUAUUAGUUUGCCAAGGAACCAAUUAAGAGAUAAAGUGGUAAAAGGUUCAGAAAUAUUGGAAGUAUUGCAUUCGGAACCAUUUGUAAAAGAUUACUUGUUUUCUUUAUAUAACUGUCAGUAUGCCGAAUUUUUCACAAAUCUUGCAGAAGUUGAAACAGUGCUGAGAAAAGAUUAUUUCUUGAAUCCUCACUAUCGUUUUUAUGUAAGAGAGAUGAAAAUACUUGCUUAUACACAAUUGUUGGAGUCAUAUAGGUCUCUUACGUUACAAUACAUGGCAGAAGCCUUUGGCGUCACAGUUGAAUACAUUGAUAAAGAACUAUCCACAUUUAUAGCAGCAGGAAGAUUACAUUGUAAAAUUGAUCGAGUUGGGGGAAUUGUUGAAACUAAUAGACCAGAUUUAAAGAAUGCCCAGUUUAAUUCUGUUGUAAAACAAGGAGAUUUACUGCUGAAUAGAGUCCAAAAAUUAUCUAGGGUGAUCAAUAUCUAAAAAAUGUAUUUUUAAGUUUAUAAGUAAAUUAUGAAGCAUACCGAUAACUUUACUUGAUUGUACUAAUUUUCUAUGUUUAUCUAGUGCU